GACCUGGGCGCCUCCAGGGAAACGCUAAGGCGGCUUCGGACGCGCUGGAGCUUGUGAGGUCAGAGAGGGUCCUUGCCCCCAGCCUGGGAUCCGGAGUUGCGUUUCUACCCGUGCUUCAGGGUCUAGUCCAGCCGAAUCCGCGUCGGGCUGUAACUCGAGUGCCAGGUUUCUGUAUACAUAGCCUUCAGGACUGCUUUUGGUGGAAAGAGAUAGCAGGUGGUGCUAAUUCACGGUGUUGGUGGGAACUCUGGCUACACUGAAAGAUUCUUACUUUGACCCCCAGGCUGGAGUGCAGUGGCACGGUCUUGGUUCACCACAAUCUUGUCUCGAAGGCUCAGGUGAUUCUCUCACCUCAGCCUCCUGAGUAGCUGGGACCACAGUUUCAGCUGUGAGUUCAACAUGGAGGCAAAUCAGUGCCCCCUGGUUGUGGAACCAUCUUACCCAGACCUGGUCAUCAAUGUAGGAGAAGUGACUCUUGGAGAAGAAAACAGAGAAAAGCUGCAGAAAAUUCAGAGAGACCAAGAGAAGGAGAGAGUUAUGCGGGCUGCAUGUGCUUUAUUAAACUCAGGAGGAGGAGUGAUUCGAAUGGCCAAGAAGGUUGAGCAUCCCGUGGAGAUGGGACUGGAUUUAGAACAGUCUUUGAGAGAGCUUAUUCAGUCUUCAGAUCUGCAGGCUUUCUUUGAGACCAAGCAACAAGGAAGGUGUUUUUACAUUUUUGUUAAAUCUUGGAGCAGUGGCCCUUUCCCUGAAGAUCGCUCUGUCAAGCCCCGCCUUUGCAGCCUCAGUUCUUCAUUAUACCGUAGAUCUGAGACCUCUGUGUGUUCCAUGGACUCAAGAGAGGCAUUCUGUUUCCUGAAGACCAAAAGGAAGCCAAAAAUCUUGGAAGAAGGACCUUUUCACAAAAUUCACAAGGGUGUAUACCAAGAGCUCCCUAACUCGGAUCCUGCUGACCCAAACUCGGAUCCUGCUGACCUAAUUUUCCAAAAAGACUAUCUAGAAUAUGGUGAAAUCCUGCCUUUUCCUGAGUCUCAGUUAGUAGAGUUUAAACAGUUCUCUACAAAACACAUCCAAGAAUAUGUAAAAAGGACAAUUCUAGAAUACGUCCCUGCAUUUGCAAACACUGGAGGAGGCUAUCUUUUUAUUGGAGUGGAUGGUAAGAGUAGGGAAGUCCUGGGAUGUGCAAAAGAAAAUGUUGACCCUGACUCUUUGAGAGGGAAAAUAGAACAAGCCAUAUACAAACUACCUUGUGUUCAUUUUUGCCAACCCAAACGCCCGAUAACCUUCACACUCAAAAUCGUGAAUGUGUUAAAAAGGGGAGAGCUCUAUGGCUAUGCUUGCAUGAUCAGAGUAAAUCCCUUCUGCUGUGCAGUGUUCUCAGAAGCUCCCAAUUCAUGGAUAGUGGAGGACAAGUACGUCUGCAGCCUGACAACCGAGAAAUGGGUAGGCAUGAUGACAGACACAGAUCCAGAUCUUCUACAGUUGUCUGAAGAUUUUGAAUGUCAGCUGAGUCUAUCUAGUGGGCCUCCCCUUAGCAGACCAGUGUACUCCAAGAAAGGCCUGGAACAUAAAAAGGAACUCCAGCAACUUUUAUUUUCAGUCCCGCCAGGAUAUUUGCGAUAUACUCCAGAGUCACUCUGGAGGGACCUGAUCUCAGAGCACGAAGGACUAGAGGAGUUAAUAAAUAAGCAAAUGCAACCUUUCUUUCGGGGAAUUUUGAUCUUCUCUAGAAGCUGGGCUGUGGACCUGAACUUGCAGGAGAAGCCAGGAGUUAUCUGUGAUGCUCUGCUGAUAGCACACAACAGCACCCCCAUUCUCUACACCGUUCUCAGGGAGCAGGAUGCAGAGGGCCAGGACUACUGCACUUGCACCGCCUUUACUUUGAAGCAGAAGCUAGUGAACAUGGGGGGCUACACCGGGAAGGUGUGUGUGAAGGCCAAGGUCCUCUGCCUGAGUCCUGAGAGCAGCGCAGAGGCCUUGGAGGCUGCAGUGUCUCCGAUGGAUUACCCUGCGUCCUAUAGCCUUGCAGGCACCCAGCACAUGGAAGCCCUGCUGCAGUCCCUCGUGAUUGUCUUACUCGGCUUCAGGUCUCUCUUGAGUGACCAGCUCCACUGUGAGAUUUUAAAUUUGCUCACAGCCCAGCAGUAUGAGAUAUUCUCCAGAAGCCUCCGCAAGAACAGAGAAUUGUUUGUCCACGGCUUACCUGGCUCAGGGAAGACCAUCAUGGCCAUGAAGAUCAUGGAGAAGAUCAGGAAUGUGUUUCACUGUGAGGCACACAGAAUUCUCUACGUUUGUGAAAACCAGCCUCUGAGGAAAUUUAUCAGUGAUAGAAAUAUCUGCCGAGCAGAGACCCGGAAAACUUUCCUAAGAGAAAACUUUGAACACAUUCAACACAUCGUCAUUGACGAAGCUCAGAAUUUCCGUACUGAAGAUGGGGACUGGUAUGGGAAGGCAAAAAGCAUCACUCGGAGAGCAAAGGAUGGCCCAGGAAUUCUCUGGAUCUUUCUGGAUUACUUUCAGACCAGCCACUUGGAUUGCAGUGGCCUCCCUCCUCUCUCAGACCAAUAUCCAAGAGAAGAGCUCACCAGAAUAGUUCGCAAUGCAGAUCCAAUAGCCAAGUACUUACAAAAAGAAAUGCAAGUAAUUAGAAAUAAUCCUUCAUUUAACAUCCCCACUGGGUGCCUCGAGGUACUUCCUGAAGCCGAAUGGUCCCAGGGUGUUCAGGGAACCUUACGAAUUAAGAAAUACUUGACUGUGGAGCAAAUAAUGACCUGUGUGGCAGACACGUGCAGGCGCUUCUUUGAUAAGGGCUAUUCUCCAAAGGAUGUUGCUGUGCUUGUCAGCACCGCAAAAGAAGUGGAGCACUAUAAGUAUGAGCUCUUGAAAGCAAUGAGGAAGAAAAGGAUUGUGCAGCUCAGUGAUGCAUGUGAUAUGUUGGGUGAUCACAUUGUGUUGGACAGUGUUCGGCGAUUCUCAGGCCUGGAAAGGAACAUAGUGUUUGGGAUCCAUCCAAGGACAGCUGACCCAGCUAUCUUACCCAAUAUUCUGAUCUGUCUGGCUUCCAGGGCAAAACAACACCUGUAUAUUUUUCCGUGGGGUGGCCAUUAGGAAGAACUCCAAAUCAAAAUGCUAUGUAAAUGUCUAUGGGUGACAGUCUGCUGAUGGUAGAAACCUUUCUUUUUAGUUCACAAGUCAGUUAGAGAUUUGGACAGAGCUGACACAGAGAGUUUGGAGCUCCCCCAUUUCUGGCUCUCCUUUCAGGGGUUCCUUCCCCAGCUCUUUUCAGCAGCGGUGGCUGCCUCCCAUUCUGACCCCUGACUCUUGCAGUCAGAAAGACGGUGGUUUUCUAGAGGAACUUUAGCUGUCCUGCACAAUGCAGACCUGUGUCUUGCUCUCUGGGUAAAAGCCAUAAAAAUAAGAAACUCAGCCUGUGGCCUUUCUUUCUUCCAAGGCUGGGCUUCUUUUUGUAAGUGACUUCAUGUAGUUUGUUGCUUUUAAAAAUUUGUCCAGAAUCGUUUUCUGCAGAAGCAUGGUCUGUUAGGAGCUUACUGGCCGUAGCAGAAGCAAUUGUUUCCUGAAUUCUUGACGUUUAUCUUUGCUGUAUUCAUUUAGGGCUUGGGAGAGUCCGAAGAUAAUUCAGUCACUGUCAGAUUAAUAAUUUUGUCAGGACAAAGAAUACCGUUAUGGGCCGGGCGCGGUGGCUCACGCCUGUAAUCCCAGCACUUUGGGAGGCCGAGGCGGGCGGAUCACGAGGUCAGGAGAUCGAGACCAUCCUGGCUAACACAGUGAAACCCCGUCUCUACUAAAAAAUACAAAAAAUUAGCCGGGCAUGGUGGCGGGCGCCUGUAGUCCCAGCUACGGGGGAGGCUGAGGCAGGAGAAUGGCGUGAACCCGGGAGGCGGAGCUUACAGUGAGCCGAGAUCGCACCACUGCACUCCAGCCUGGGCGACAGAGCGAGACUCCGUCUCAAAAAAAAAAAAAAAGAAUACCGUUAUGAUUAUUUAAUCCUUUAAAAUUGUGGUCUCCAGAGCUUGUUCUCAGAAUGGCCCUGACCAAGCCUUAAUUGUGAUAGUGAAUAUUAAUGGUCGCUUUAAGGAGAAAUUAUAGGCCAAGAUGAAAUGAACAUAAACCUGUUUGCCCUGGCUUUCAGUGGAAGAUGAUAUUAGAGACCAAAAUCUGAAGGUGUGUAUCAGCCCUAAGGUGAACCAAACUUGGGAAAGAUUGUCUUUAAAAAUCAAUGAGUUUAUGUUUUAACUUCUCAGCUUAGUUCUAUGCAUUGCUCUAUAACACACCUAGUUAAGUUUUAUGUUAUUCUUGAACUGUGAUUUCUUUUCUAUUUACUUUCAUGGUUUGGUGGGCCAUUGUUAUGGACUGAAUGUUUGUGUCCCACCCUUCACCCCCAAAUUCCCGUGUUGAAGCCCCAACCUGCAGUGUGGAGCUGGGGCUGCUAAGGAAGUAAUUAAGGUUACAUGAAGUCAUGGUGGGGCUCUGAUCUGCUAAGGUUGGUGUCCUUAUAGGGAGAGACCCCAGAGAGCUUGUUCCCUCCCUCCCUGUGCAUGCAAACAAGAGGGCAUGGGAGCACACAGAGAGAUGGCAGCCACCUAGAAGCCAAGAGGAGAAGCCUCACAAUCAAACUCUUGCUGCUGGCGAGAGUCUUGGACUCCCAGCCUCCAGACUGUGAGAAACAAAUUUCUGUUGUUUCAGCUGCUCAGUCUCUGGUGUUUUGUUAUUGCAGCCUGAGAACACAGCUGUACGAUUAUUUGUCAAACAGAAAACACUGAUACUUAACAAUGCUAAUGCAAUUAUUUAUUUGCUUUUCAGUCUCUACAAAACAUUCUAAAACACUAAUCUAAAUACUAACAAUAAAAUAUUUGCAUAACUAAUGGAAACUAAGAAAUCAUAUGACCAAUAUUUCACUUAUUAGUAAUCUUACUCUACUGAUUUCCCCCCAGACUGUGAUUUUUGAACUUCCUUGCCUUUCUCCUGUCUUUCUGUGUUUAUUCAUGGAAUUCCAGUUAUCUGGGCUUGAAAUUGCAGGCUCUCCUAACUUAAGCAAAAUCUGACAGACCAGCAAAAUGAGAUAAAUGUUUCUUUUUUCUUUCUGACUGCAUUAAAUCAGAUACAACUCAGCAUUAAAAAGCUAUCUUUGUAAAUGUUGUUACUAAUAAAUUAGUCUUAUAAGAUCCCUG